GCCCGAAACACGUCACGGAGCUCAACAACGUUCCUUCCACUUCGGUGGCACGAUGCUUCCAGCCUUCCACUUCCAAAAGGCAAAAGACCAAGCAAAUUCGAUCAUCAAUCCAAAUCAAUAGUCCGAACCUACGUCCAUUAAUAUUGUUUUCCUUCGCUUUCCCCACGUUUUCUCGCCCACACCUUUCCUGGAAACUAACUGGUUGGCGAAACCCUCAUGAGGGCUCAACGAAAGCCGAUCCACGCCGUGUCGACAUGGGUGCGGCGACAGCCUCCCAAAGUGAAGGCCUUCUUGGCCGUGGUCUCGGGCAUGGCGGCGCUGGUCUUGCUUCGAUUCAUUGUCCACGACCACGACAACCUCUUUGUGGCCGCCGAGGCCGUCCACUCCAUCGGAAUAUCCGUACUCAUCUACAAGCUCAUGAAGGAGAACUCUUGCGCUGGACUAUCGCUCAAAUCCCAGGAAUUAACAGCUAUUUUUUUAGCUGUUAGGCUCUACUGCAGUUUUGUUAUGGAAUAUGAUAUACACACCCUGCUUGAUUUGGCUACAUUGGCGACAACCCUGUGGGUUAUUUAUAUGAUCCGCUUUAAAUUAAAGUCUAGUUACAUGGAAGACAAAGACAAUUUUGCAAUAUAUUUUGUGGCAGUACCCUGUUUCGUGUUGGCUUUGUUCAUUCAUCCAUCAACUUCUCACCAUUUACUGAACCGGAUCUUCUGGGCAUUCUGUGUCUAUCUGGAGGCUGUAUCAGUGCUACCCCAGUUGCGGGUAAUGCAGAAUACAAAGAUUGUUGAACCAUUCACUGCUCACUACGUGUUUGCUUUAGGUGUGGCAAGGUUCUUGAGCUGUGCCCAUUGGGUUCUCCAGGUUUUAGAUAGUCGUGGACACUUGCUGGUAGCGCUGGGUUAUGGAUUAUGGCCUUCUAUGGUUCUUAUCUCAGAAAUUGUCCAAACUUUCAUCUUAGCAGACUUCUGUUACUAUUAUGUCAAAAGUGUAUUUGGCGGGCAGCUUGUCCUCCGCCUACCCUCUGGGGUGGUAUGAUCGGUUGCAGUCCAUUUUAACUUAAUCAGCCAAUGCGGCGGGUUAUUCUAGUUUAAGUCACGGAUUUUUGUCUUCAUAUGUUUUCUUCUCCCUGUUGUUACUAUUUGACAAAAGGGUUGGCUGUAAAGACGGGGGGAUGCAGAAAACUUUGAUAUUUAUAUAUAUUAAGAAAUGAUUCUCAUGGUUGGUUUA